CCAGCGGAACCCAGCAGGGAACACUGGCUACAAGUGCUGCGGCUGGGGAAUAGCGGACUUUCUCAGGGAGCCACGCGGACGCGAGUGUUCCCGCUCCAGCUUCUUUGGGUAGCCGGAGCAGAAGGAAACUUGGCAUCUCCUCUGCGGGAUUCUGUCACGGGAAAGUGUGAGUCCCUGGAUAAAUUUGGCUUGGUGACGGCAGUGUGCUCUCCCCAGAGACACUGCCACUUUCUCCUUGUUCCUUCUCCACCCCGACCUGAGUUUCUCCCUGCUAACCCUGUGACAAGUCAGAAGAUUUUUUCCUUUCCACACUCUUCUGCCACCAGGUUCCCUGUCUCGUUUGUCUCCCUCUCAUGAGGAACUGAAGCUAAGGUGUCCUUAACCAGCCAUGGCUGUAAAGGAAACAGGGACCAGAGGAGCGGGCUCCUCUAUAGUACAGGCUUAGAUUCUGCUGGGUUCUUAUCUGUGUUGCCACUGGCAGAACUUCUGGAAAUUGCUGCUGCAGGAAUUCUAACCAGCUCCCAUGGAGCUCCUCUCCCUGACUAAGAGGAACAGUUCAGAGGACUUGUGCAAUACUCUGGAAUGGAGUUCAGGAGGGACUCUUGGUGACCAGGUAGGGGGGACAGCCAUCAGAGCUGCUCUUCGCUCACAGGAAAACUGUGCAUCCACACCAAGAGCAGCUGGAGUAGAAGUGUCUAGACUUAGCCCUUCUCCGGCAUCCCCAACCUCCUUGCUCCAAGACAAUGCUAUUCAGCCAAGGUUUUUCCCACCAGGACCUCCUGACUCAGGGAACAACCAAGUGAUGGCCGAUCGUAAAGUCUGCGACUGUUGCAGCCAGGAAUUAGAAACUUCUUUUACUUACGUGGAUGAGAAUGUCAACUUAGAACAGAGAAGUCAGAGGUCCCCGUCAGCCAAAGGUGGUAAUCACCCUGGAGAUCUUGGCUGGGGAAAUCCGAAUGAAUGGUCCCAGGAGACUGCCAUUUCUUUGAUCUCAGAAGAUGAAGACGAUACAAGCUCAGAAGCCACAUCUUCAGGGAAGUCCAUAGACUAUGGCUUCAUCAGUGCCAUCUUGUUCUUGGUCACCGGUAUCUUGCUGGUGAUCAUUUCUUAUAUCGUCCCUCGGGAGGUGACAGUGGAUCCCAACACAGUGGCCGCCCGGGAGAUGGAGCGGCUAGAAAAGGAGAGUGCGAGGCUAGGUGCACACCUGGACCGCUGCGUGAUCGCGGGACUCUGCCUGCUCACGCUCGGGGGUGUCGUCCUCUCCUGCUUGCUCAUGACGUCGAUGUGGAAGGGGGAGCUCUAUCGUCGAAACAGGUUUGCCUCUUCCAAAGAGUCCGCCAAGCUCUAUGGUUCGUUCAACUUCAGGGUGAAAACCAGCGCUAACGAAAACACGCUGGAGCUGUCCUUGGUGGAGGAAGACAACCUUGCUGUACAGAGUUAACCCUGAACUUCGUGAGAGACAACUGUGCAUUCUAUGUGAAAACAAUAAUAAUAAUAAGUCGACAGUGUCCUUGGUUUGUUUGGCGAGAAAAGUUUUCUUUGGUUGUUGUUGUUGUUUUCCACCUCCCCCAAACCAGCCAGUGUUUUGUUUCCAUGAAUCUUUUAUUAAGAAAGGCUGUGCGAGAUGUCAAAGAAACCAUGGCCAUCUCUUUCUGACUCACUGCAAACCGAAAACUAAUUCAGCUGGAAUGACCAUGAAUUUCUACUUCUGCAGAGAAAUACUUCCACUGACCUAAUAUACAAGUGUUUUCUUUUACAUAAACAUGGACAUUAUUAUUGGGUACUAGAAGGGCUCCGGCACAAUGGGAUCACAUGGCAAUCUAUUCCGUGGAACACAAGCACCACUUAGAUAGGAAGGCUUACAUUUAAUUCCCAUGGUGCUUUUCUAUUUUUUUUGCUAAAAUUUUAUUUCUGUAAUUUGGCUAAACACUAAAAUGUAGACUUUGGGAGUAUGAAUGUUUUGAAACUUGAGAAUAAUGACUGAUUUUUAAAAGCUAUAAAAUGCUAUAUUUUAAAUUAUUACUGUAUUUAGAAAUGUCAACCUGUAUCAUUAACAUGCACCUUCUCAUAAAGGAAAUUAUAUAAAUCAUCUUCAGAUACACAGGAAGUUAACUGUUAGCAUAAGGUGUUUUCCUUAAGCCUUUGUCCCCCCCCACAAUGAAGUAGAAUAGUUGCCGAUUCCUAGUUUGCUUCCUUGUGGAUUUACCUUCAGCCUGAUGACCUGUGCCCUCGAAAGCUUUACCAGUUCUCAUACAUGUAGGGUAAAGGAUUAGACUUUAAAAAUUUAUCUCCUGGCAGUCAGACAUCCAGCCGAGUCUGAGUCAUGAGUAGGCCUGGCAGUCUCCCCAGGUGACAUUUGGUAGUGGUGGUUUGGAGAGAGCCUCCAGGAUAAUUGCAGCUAGACUCCUGGGAACGAUGCCUAACACAAGUCAUUACUUAAAGAGUCCUUAAGCCUAUAGCCAAAAUCCUACACUGGAAAGAGAAAAAUCAAACCCAUUAAUUUAGUGGGAGUUGUGUCCGCCCCUAUUCCUGAUUGCCCCUGACAAGGUCUAGACAUCAUCCUGAAAACCUACUUCGGGCCCUUAAGAACCACUUUCUCCUCUCCUCAAGUGAAAAUGUUUAGUAUAUGGCAGGUACUGUGGGCAAGGAGGUCAGGAAAGGGAUGGGAAAUACAGCCUAGGAAAGAUCUUGAAUUGCACUGAGGUUCUUUGAGGUGGCCCUGCCCUUCCGCUUAGGUGUUUUAUUAGUAUAUUACAAAGACAAGUGAGUUUACUCUUAAAGAAGACUGGAGCCAGGGCCAGGUGUGAGUGAGGGGAGGAGCUACUGAGCAAGGGAUUUUGUUGGAGAUUCUUAAAUUCAAUGAAGUUUAAUGUAGACACCUGUGUUAUUGAGGGCAGUGGGUGAGCUGUAGGAGUUUGUGCAUCUGUGUGAAUGAGCUCUGGUGCAUACCAGUGCCAUUGGUUAAAUUAGCUUUAUUAAAAGUUUAAGGAAAACAGUAAUGGAGGAUGAGGUAGGGAUGGCAAGUUUGCCCUUGAAUUCUUAGACAGAAGUAAGGAGAGUGUGGGAACUGUGGAUAUAGCUCCACAGCCACACCUUGUAAAAUCAAGUAUUUGGUCAUGAACUGCUGGCUUACUAAGCCACUAAAUACUAGAAGGAACAUACAUUUUGUUUGCUGUAGCUAGUCCUUUGUGCUUUGUUUUUUGGUGGCUCUCGGGUCAUCUGUGCUGAAGGCACAUUCCCAGAAGUGUAAACCUUACCUUCUCGGGGCUUAUUCAUCUUAGACUGCGAGUCAGCUUGAGGGACCACUUCAGAGAUAUUGAAGUGAGAAGGGAAUCAUCUACUUCCGUGCGUGAGUAGGUCUGAGCUGGGUUCAAAUGGCAAGACAAAAUGUGUAAAAUAAAAUUUAAACCAAUUUAAAGCCAGACCUGGUGAAUCAUGUCUUGAUUCUAACACUUGAAGAAGAUCAAUGCAAGGUCAAGGCCAGCUUGGACUACAGAGUGGGUUCCAAGGCAACCUGGGUAAUAGAAUGAGACUGUCUCAAAAAAUAUAAUAAACUGUUCCUGUUUAUUUAUAUGAGAUCUCUGAAUUUUGUUUUGAUCUAUUUGUAAACCAUAAUUAAUUAGUUGCAUAGCAAAUUAAACAGAACUAAUUUGUGGUCCAAUUUUCAGUUCUUGAUGAGCUUGAAAGUAAACAUGAAGGCUGUCUUUUCAGUCCUAGAAAACUGAUGAUAACAGAAGCAAAAAGUCAGAGUUCUUUAAUACAUGACAAGUUAUUGAACUCACUAUUCUGCUAAAUCAUAUAGAUAUGCUGUAAAGCCUCCUCUUUUUAAAAUGCCAUUUCGGAAAAGAAGAUUUUAAAUUGAAGGUUAGCAAAUGCUCAUCUCCACAUUAUUUAAACCUGCUUCAACAAGGAGAGCACAAUACUCAAGGUUCUGCUGAUAGGAGUGAAGGCCAUUACACCCAAAGGGACCAAUUGAGAAAAUCACCUAGAUGCUUUCUUUAGGCUGUGCUGAUGUAAAUCUAAUAAUUACCUUAAUCUGCUUUCCUCCAGGUACUCUGUUUGUGUUGCCCUCACCCAUUCUGUCAGUGCCUUUCUUUGAGAUGAUUUCCUAAAUUUAAAAUGAAACUAAGGAUUAUGAGCAUGACUCAGGGAUACAGUGAUUAUUUAGCAUUUGUGGAACCCUGAAUAGAGCCCUCAGCACUGCAAGAAAACAACGAUAAAGAUAAAGGUAAUACAGGCAAAGAAAAAUUGUGAACUUUCUGCACUGUUGAUUUCAAUACAAUACAAAGUGGUUUGGGUAUUGGAAUUGCUUUGGCCUGACCAUGUGCACAACCAGACAUUGAGCAGGCUGAGGGGAUGCUGUUGACCUCGGAUCUUUCUUGGGCUUUGUGGAUUGUCUCUUCCACAUGAUGCCAGUUGUUGUCUGUAGAAGCUGCACACGGAUAACGGACAGUGUAGCUUCCUAGUAUUUCCAAUAAACUGCCCCCUCUGCGGACAUUGGAAACUGCUGUAGAAUUUGUGUAGCUCUCUUUGCUAUGAUGUUUCUUUACCAGCCAUUUGCAGCUCCUGAUGUGACCAUGCAAUAUGAGGCUCUAACCUUUCAUGUGAGGCAGUUUUCUGUCCCAGCGUCUUUCUCGGUAUCUGAUCUGUGAUUUUGAAAAGUAGAAGGCUGCUGGGAACCAUCAACUUCUCUCUGGCCCCAGUGUUUUCACCCAUGCGACUGCUGGCACCCUUAAUUCUGUAAUACCCAGAUACGUACCUUGAUAUCAAAAUGUUGAAGCCCAUCAUCCCCUUUUUGAAAAAUCUGUUUAAAGGCUCAAUUUGACCCCAGCUAGCACAUGUCUUUCAAGACACAAUCGUAAGCAAAGUGCCAUACCACAAUAUUUGUGCUGUCCUUUUCUUUGCCUCCAGGGUGAAGUCAGGUGAAUGAAAGUGCACUGUGAUAAUUUUGUAUCAAGAACUAGGUAUCUGAGUGCACACACACACACACACACACACGUUUUAAGUAUCUUUUAAUUAUCUUUUCAAUAAGAAAGCAUUCUAACAAUUCCAUAAUGGACAUUCUGGUCUUCCUCUCUCAACUGUGUACACAUAUGAAGCUCUUGUCUGGAUUAAUGGUCAGACCAACGAGAAGACCUCUAUGUUUCUGCUAGAAGAAUUUUCCAGCUGAACAUCUGAGUCUAUUGCAGCAGCUCAAACUGCCACAAAAGGGUGACCUGACAUAGUGAUUCACGACGCCUGUGCCCUUUGAUUCACGACGCCUGUGCCCUUGGCAGCGAGGUACACUAUCUUUUCCUAGGUCUAAGUGCACCGAAGAAUAAGACGCAUCCUUACGGUCUUCCUGAAUUGCUUUAGCUUUUCUAAAACUAGGCAUAAACAGUCACUAUGAUGUGGAGAAUUAACAUGAAGUCUCAGUGGGCUUUCCCCAGCACUCAGAAACUCGUAAAACAGAUAAUAAAUAGUGUUGACUUUCAGACUCUUUGAAAAUAUAUUAUUUUAUGGUCCACACAAUAAUUCUAUAAAAUCUCUCUUUUAGCUUUUAUGGGCAUACACCUUUGAAAUUAAUUUGCCUGACUGAUAUCAACACUGUCAAAGGGAAGGAGCUAGUGCAAAUGCACAGACUUGCUUUUCAAAAAUCCAUGACUUAACUUGGCUUCUGUUAGUUAAGUACGCAGGUUGCUGCGUGGAAGCCUGUAUAUAUGUUAGGGUAUAUUUUAUAGAUACAGAACUUUGAUAUUCCUAAACUAUUGUUAGCUAGUCUUUUUGUUGGAAUAUGGCAUGGUUUGAUGCUGAUUUUGUGAACAAGAAGUCUUUCACGGGUAUCUAAUAAAGAAUUUGGAAUCAA